GACGUCCGCGAACCCGUCGAGCUUUUCGAAACUGGCAAGAUCCCCGGCGCCAUCAACAUCCCCAUCACCAGCGCCGUCCAGAGCUUCCAUAUCUCCGACGAGGACUUCCAGGUGGCCUACGGCUUCGACCGGCCCGCCAAGGACGUCGAGCUACUCAUCUACUGCAAGGCCGGAGUCCGCGCCCGCGCCGCCGCCGCCCUUGCCCGCCAGGCCGGCUGGGAAAACGUCGGCGAGUACCCCGGGAGCUGGCUCGACUGGGAGGCGCAGAAUGGUCCCGUGGAGAAGGUUUAA